CAUGUUCGAAGAGAGAUAUGCCCAUGACCUUCUGUCGACUUUCAUGACAACUCAAGGCUUCCAGGUCACUAGGAACUAUCUUGGCCUCGAGACAGCAUGGCAAGCAGAGUACUCGCAGGGAACAGGAGGCAGAGUAAUCGGAAUCAACUCCGAAAUGGACGCCUUGCGAGGACUGGGCCAUGCAUGUGGACACAACCUCAUCGCUGUUAGCGGAGUCGGGGUUGCAAUUGCCCUCAAAGCCGCUCUUCAAGCCCAUAGUGACGUUUCUGGGAAGGUCGUGCUUCUGGGCACACCAGCGGAAGAGAGUGGUGGGGGCAAGGUCAUCCUUCUUGAGCGUGGAGCAUACGACGAGAUGGACGUUUGCAUCAGGAGUCACCCAAGUUCCGGUCUGCCUCACUCUAGCAGCCUUGGCUCAUCAAACGCCAUGCAGUCAAUGACCGUGGAAUACUUCGGUCAGAGUGCUCAUGCUGGAGCUGCCCCUUGGGAUGGCACCAAUGCCCUGGAUGCUGCUUUCCUGGCCUACUCAGGCAUCUCGGUGCUUAGGCAGCAAAUGAGGCCAGAUCACCGUGUCCACGGCAUAGUAGAAGGCAAGAACUGGUCGCCUAACGUAAUACCGGAUUACUCAAAGAUGACUUGGCUCGCGAGAGCUCCUACAUACGCGGAGCUUGGUGUGUUCGUGCAACGCGUCCAGAAUUGUUUGCGAGCAGCUGCUCUGGCGACUGGGUGUAGAAUCAACCUAGAGGUUGAGUCUCCUUAUUUCGACCUACAUCAAAACCCAGUGCUUGCGCAAGCUUUCGCCGACAUCGUCGGGAGUCGCUACAACAUCGCGACAUUUCCAGAUGGAACAACCGCAUCCACAGAUUUGACUGACAAACCCCUUUUCCUCUCUCUAGGGCAAUGUUUCAUAUGCUCUCCCCGCUCUACACCCUAUAUACGGUACGUGUCGCAGUUUUCCUUUCUCGCUAUCCCCACAGAACCCCAGGGUGGGAACCACACGCCAGCUUUCGCGAGAGCUGCUAUCAGCGAGGCAGCUCAUGAGGCCACAAUGACGAUCACCAAAGGUUUAGCUCUGAUGGGCUACCGGGUCCUCACUGAUGCCGAAUUCUUCAACAAGGUGAAGGCGUCAUUCGACCAGGGCAAGACACUAGGUCUUUG